CCACCCAACAUGAUGCAGCAACUCCUCCCACUCUCUGUUGCAGAUACAGAGCCGCCACCACCAAUUCUUAUCGACGAACUCAUCUGGGAAAUCUUGUCGUUGCUUCCGGUGAAGUCCCUUGUGCGGUUCAGGUGCGUGUGCAAGUCAUGGAAGCUCACCAUCUCCAAUCCGCAAUUCAUGAAACUGCACCUUCGUCGAUCUUCAGCUAAAGCCGCAGCAGACUUCGCAGACAGCCAAGUAGUGGUCAUGACCAAAAGAGACCAUAUCGCACACAGUCCAUUACUAUCCAAGUUCCACAUUGUCCAUGAUGAAACCUUCACCGCCGACGAACCCUGGCCGGUCCACGCCCUACGCGAACCCUUCAAUCAACCACAUGUCUCAAUCUGCUAUGCUCCUUCGCUAUUUUCAUCCCAAAACAAUGACAAACUAAAGGGCCAUUGUCGUUUGAUUGGAGCCUGCAACGGCUUGGUUUCUGUGAUCAAUGAAGGAUACAACUCUGCAGAGUCUGCAACGAAAUUAUCAUGUUGUAACUUGAACCCAGCUACCAAGUUACGAUCUCAAGUGUCACCAACUUUGUCUUUGUGUUACAAACAGUUUCACUCUUUGAUCCAUAGUGUUUUUCGUAUUUUUGGGUUUGGAUAUGAUCCUUUGAAUGACACCUAUAAAGUGGUGGUGGUUUUUUACCACAGGAAUCAUCUUGAACACUGCAUGCAAAGCGUGGCAAAUGUUUACAACAUGGGUGAUGGUUGUUGGAGAAGAAUUCAAUCUUUCCCGGAUUUUACACGUGAACAUUGGGGGCGCGGAACAGCACCGGAUCAAAAUGGAGUUUACUUGAAUGGAACAAUAAAUUGGGUGUUAAGAUUAAACAUCGCGUACGACAUUAUUUCACUUGAUUUGGGGAGCGAAGUGUGUUCACGAUUGUCACUGCCUUGUUUUCCUCCACCUGGCCCUAAAUGCGUUUACGAUCUUCCGCCAAUUCUGGGGGUUCUUAAGGAUUCCUUGUGUGUUUUGCACAAUAAUAACGAUAAGACGUUUGUGAUUUGGAAAAUGAACGAGUUUGGAGCUCAUGAGUCUUGGACUCCGCUAUUCAACUUUGAUUUCAAAAAGGAAGAUCUAUAUCGUUUUGAUAAGUUCUUUUUUUCUGAAAAUGAUGAAGUAUUAUUGAUGACACUCACCAAACAAGUUCUAUAUAACCACAGUGAUAUCACAUUCAAAUUUAAUGAUAGAGUUCAUAACUAUAUUCACGAUUGGAAUAAUAUCGAGAAUUAUGUUGAAAGUUUGGUUUCACCUUCUUGAAAUUGAAUUUAGCAAUUGGGAUCAUUGAGUCGUUCAUCAAGGAGAAGGCCAAAAGACAUGUGAACAAACUUGUUUGGAUCGAGGAUCAUGUUUGAGUGGAUUAGUCUAUAUUGGGCCAGCCCACAUAUUAUUAAGUACCUAUAUGUUCUUUUCACUAAGAGUUUCUAGAUAGUUCCAUUGUAAGAUAUUGGGCCUCCAUGAGAGCUCUUUCUCUGUAAGACCCAGGAUUUUAGAAUUAAAUAAAUAAUUAAUUUCCAACUCACGCAUAUGAUUUUGUGUAAGCGUGAGGGAAACUUGACUUGUGUUUGAUGUUUGGAUUAGUAUUAUGAAGAAGAAAGU